AUAACUUUAUUUAACACAGUUAAAAUUUUUCUCUUACAUAUGAGAUUUAGCAAUUUGGUUUAAGUGGCAUUUUGCAAGUGUGAAAUUGUUAGAAAAAAAUAUGCUUUCUGCAACAUUUCUAAUCUAAUGUGUAGAGAGUUGACCUGCUGUUUCUGACUUAUUUUAAUAAAGUCUCUGUUUCCUGCAAUGCAUAAAAGAAGAGUGACUUCAAAUAGUAGUUUUAUUCUUUUUUUUAUUCCAAUUCUGCCCAAAGGGUUCAUGAUCUUUUGUAACAAUGUGUCAAGGCGCAAAAGUGACUCAAGGGGUUAUUGCCACACGACGCUGCACAUGUCACCACAAUGUUCAUAAAAUGUCUCUCAAUAAGGAUCUUUCUCAAUACGUGCUUCCUUUGGCCUCAUACAUAUGCAAUUUUUAUAGUCUUCACAUGGCCGUGUCACAGAUACAGUGGAAACAGUAUAGCGUGGUAUAAUUGGAACAAUGCCACACCUAAUCUUAUUUAUAUAAUUUCUGAGUGUUUAUCAGCUGCUCUAGAAAUAUAUUGCUUCAGGAAUAUUUUGAUUAAACCCUCUGUAUUUCAUCAGUCAUGCUGUUCCCCGCCAAAAAAAAAAAAAAAAGAACAAAGAAAUCCUCAAUCUUAAGCCACUUUGUGCAAACAUUUAAAGGCAGUUCUUUUCAUUUAUAACAGCAUAAUUUACUUCAAUGUAAUGUUUUUGCCUCAGCUUUCCACAAACCCUUUAAUCUAUUGAUUGCAUACAGGCGACGCACUUCACUGGAGAUCAUUUAAUUCAACUGUGACCUUCACCCGCUGAUAAAACGACUAAAUACAGUCUCCUCUGAUUCCACAAGAGGGCACCAACAUGGAGCUCCUGUACAGUGACGGCGCAACAGCAGUCUGGAAAUAUUUCAAAAAAAACCAGCUAACAAAAACUACAUAAUUUUAUAAUGCAGAGUAUCCACCCUAGGGGAUAAACAUUUAUGUGAUGUGCAUAUGUUCCUGACAUGAAUGGGAAAGCUAAAUGUUUUAGAGAUAUAGUAGCUGAAAUUUCACUAUAACACUGAACAUAUCAUGAUAAAAAAUUGGCUUAUUUUUUAACAUAACAGGCACAAGGAUAGAUCUCUGUGUAUUUUUAAACUCAAUUCAGCCUUCAGUAAAAAUCAAAGUGUUUUAUGGCUUGCUUGAAACCAUGUUCUACCAGGCGACUAUCUCUCCCGUAACAUCAUCAGCUGAAACUGUGAUGAUCGUGUGUUUGUUUUGGCCUCUAAAUGACUUUCUGUCUUGACUCAGAGACGUUUAUGUUCCCUUUAAGCUCCAGCUUCAAUGUUGACAACAAGAUAAAAAAGUAAUCCCGUUUUCUGGUUUGUUUGUUUCACCACGGGAAGUUACCUGUCCCGUCCAACCUAAUGUGACAUACGUCAAAGUGACGGAAUCUUAACACAUAAAGAUGUGAAUGAAAGAUCAGAUUCUGUAGAGACAUCUGUGCUUCAUAAAUAACUUGUAACAUUUGUUACAGCUUUUUUUGUACUUCAUUUCCUAAUUAUAGUAGCUGGAAUGACGGACGGGGAGAAAGCUACUUCUGUAGAACAUGGACACACAGUUAACAAGUCCUGUGUGAAUCUGACGUGCUACAUGGUCCUGAGUGACGAAGAGCGGAAAGCCAUCGGCACCAUCUGUUUCCUGGCAGGCCCUGUCACACUACUGGAAAAUGUUCUUGUGCUUGGGGUGAUUGCUAGCACAGCCACCUUGCGAAAGCGGCCAUCCUAUCUGUUUAUUGGCAGCCUUGCUCUGGCUGAUGUCUUUGCCAGUUGUUUCUUCACCAUAAGUUUCUUACACUUUCACCUCUUUCAUCUCAAAGAUGGCCCAGGCGCCUACCUCUUCAAGCUAGGUGGUGUCACCAUGGCCUUCUCUGGUUCAGUGGGAAGUUUACUGCUGACUGCUCUGGACCGCUACAUCUGCAUCUACCACUCCUCGACUUACAAGGUGUUGCUGACACGGCGCAGAGCCCUGCUGAGCCUUCUGAUUCUCUGGAGUACAAUCAUCUUCCUCUCCUUCUUACCUCUAAUGGGCUGGAGGUGUUCCACAGGCCUUACUCCACCUUGCUCAAACUUGUUUCCAUACAUCAAUAAGCACUAUCAAGCCUUCUGGACCAGCUUCGUCCUUGUGAUUCUGGUUCUGAUUUUGGGGGCUUAUGCUCUCAUCCUGUGGAAGGCCCACCGCCAUGAGUGCUCAAUGACCAGCUUCCAGGGAGCAGCAGGAAAAGCUCAAUCUCGCAUGAGGAUGGAUAUCCGGUUGGCUCGCACCUUUGGCCUGAUUCUGCUCAUACUGGUGGGCUGUUGGGUUCCUGUGCUUUCUUUCAUGCUAGUAGAUGUCUCAGUGGUCCUGACCCGAGACCAACAGCGGGCCUUUGCUUUCUGCAGCACCCUCUGUCUGGUCAACUCUUCAGUCAACCCACUGCUGUAUGCCCUGCGCUUUCGAGAACUAAGAAUUGCUCUUUUGCGGAUGCUGCAAAAGCUGUGUUGCAAGGGAAGGUGUAAAAAACUCACAGAAGACUCAAGCCAUGGACUACCCUCUGCAGAAGACAACUGUACUGCUUUAUCUGACGAUGAGAUGCCCAAGGCCAGAACCACCAGACCUGACUCCAUUUCAGAAAUGGUCUACAGUCACCAGCUGACCAUGAGAAAGUGAAGGAAGCUGAACGUUAAAAUAAAAGAGAAGCAAUACAGUUCGUGAAACACUUGUUUUCACGACAGCUGUUAGCUAGUGAUCAACACCAUCACUGUCGAUCAGGAUAAAAUCUGUCUAUACAAGGAAAUGUCACUUACUGCUUUUUUUUUAAAUUGUAAUUGCAAAUAAGCUUGUAAAUAAGUAAACAAAACAUGAUGACAGUAUGUCAAAACAAAACACAAACCUUGGGAAUUACAAUGUGACCAUUACACAUUACUUUAAUUAUAAGAGAUUAUAAAGUAUGUUGUUGACCAUUAAUCCGUAAUGUUAUUACCAGUUAAUAUGCUUAAAAUAGAAAAUGAUAGUUACACAGAGGACACACGGAGCUUUUUUCAGCAUUUUGCAAUAACUGCACCCAAAAGAUUUAAAUGGAAAUAAAUACCUCUGCAC